AAAAAUCCCUUUCUCUCUCCUCAAAAGUCUAGGUGCUCGUGCUCGCUCAUCGAACAAUAAAUAUUUCACAAUUUCCUCAGUAUUCAUUUAUCGAUAAGCUUAGCAGGGUAGAAUUUUAAACAAGGGGCAUUGCUGUGAUAAUACAAAAGUAGCAAAAUAUUUUCACUUCCAAAUUAAGGCAGUAUUACUAAAUUUUUGACCGUGUGUGCAUUUUCUUUUCUUUCCGCAUUCGUGACGUUUUUCUGACAUUAAUCAUUUGCAAUUGUCAUUGUUCAGAUUGUAUAUUUAUAUAUUCUCUGUAUAUAUAUAUUCUCCAAAACUUGACUGCUGCAUUGUGCAAUGUGUAAUAUCUGAGAAGAAAAAGUAGGUUAAACUUCGAUACAGUCGAAGCAAAGAUUUCCAAUUUUUAGGAAGUAGUCACAAAAUCAGUUGGAAUAAGAAGAAGACACAAUGGCGAGAAAGAAGUAUUUGGACGAAAAUGGGGACGAGACACAAGGGAUUGAGAGAAAAUGUCAGUCGCAACAUGUACAACAGGGUGGAAAACCAUUUCCAAACCAUCAUUUCAUGGGAGGUGGUACCAAGAAUGAGUACAGACACUCGAACGCUAAAAAUUCUGACGAAUCUCACGACCAUGACACUUUAGUAGGAAACCAGCUACUAUCUCUUGGAUUAAAUAUUCGCGAAAUGCCUGGUGAUGGAAAUUGUUUAUUCCGAGCCCUCAGUGAUCAAAUUUCUGGUAAUUCAAGAAACCAUCAAGAAUAUAGACGAGCAGUAGUACAAUACAUGAAAGAAUUCCGAGCAGAUUUUGAACCAUUUGUUGAAGACGAUGUUCCGUUUGAUAAAUAUGUACAACGACUUUCGCAACCUGGGACCUUUGCAGGCAACGACGCAAUUGUAGCAUUUGCUCGUCUCCAUAAUGUAAGUGUGGUAAUUCAUCAACUGAAUUCUCCAGCAUGGAUAAUUCAUCCCUCAAAGGAUUCUCAAGAACAAACUGGUGGACGGGAGAUUCACAUAUUUUAUCACAAUGGAGAUCAUUACAAUUCCGUGCGACGAUUGGGCGAUGAUUCUGAAAAUCCUACAAAUAUUCGUCUACACGCACAAUCUGGAAGCGCUCAAACAACCAGUUUCCCCAAGGGCAGCGGAAAGAAAUCUCCGCCACACACAGCUUGCAGUAAUGCCUCUCAGCAAUCUUCAGAUUGCUACUCUGGUCAGUAUCAAAGCAAAAGAGACGAAGACUACUGGGUCAAAGACAGUGGCGAUGUGGAUCGACUCGUUGAAGAAGUUAUGCAGCAAACCAAUUAUCCAGAUGCCAGUUUCAUACGAGAAACCCUCGUAGAUUACAACUUUGACAUGGUGGCCACCAUAGACUUUAUAAUUUCAAUGUCCGUCAUGAUGAACCAACACCAGCAUCAUUACCAUCAGGAAACAACUAGCGUUGAUGAGAGACCUGACUCCAACAAAUUGAAUAAUGAGAAGAAGACUUGUGAUGGUAAUGAUGCAUUGCUGGGAACUCCAUCGAACUCUGUUGUUGAAGCUCCAGCCAUCCCUCCUCCUGUGAUGAAGAAGGGCGACAAUGACCCAUUAUAUCUCGCAGAUAAUAAUCCAGUUCGUCCUGUCGUGAUAAUCAGUCCGAGUACAGAAGAUCCACUAACUUCAGAAUCUGACGACGGCAGUAGUGGCAGUGGCUCCCCUGUCGAAGGUGUCAUUUCUAGUCAAGAAAAUGUCGAAAAAAAGAAGCAGUCUGUUCGGAAAGAGUCAAAGCGUUCCAACCGGCAUAAAAAGGAAUUGAAACAACGAGAGAGAAAAAGAGAGGCUGAUCGUCGAAGGCUGGCAAACGCAAGCCCAUCAACCACUACGAAUGUAGUCGAGGAGAAAGAAAAUACCGUCGUCGUGUCCCACUUUGGGACUUUAGAUAUUUGAAAACGUGUGCUACUAUAAAACACCAAACCAUUUAACUAAAGCCUUAAUACAACCACCGAUGCUAAUCACUACACAGAUUUUACGACCUGCUUUAAUACCGCAACCAUUAAAUAAAGCUAACAUUUUGUCGCCAAAUAUUAUAAUAAUUAUAAUUAUUAAUUAUUACUAUUAUUGUAUGUUGUAAAAGUUGUUACUGUAAUAAGUUGCCCGUUCUACCUUUUAGAGCUAUGCAAUAUUUUAAAACGAAACGGUUUAGUUAACUCUGGUGAUGUAUGUAUGUGUAUAAAUAAUUUUCGACCGAUUUGACUUUGGUGCAUACGCACCAUUAGAGUAUGUAGGACCAGCAUGCAUGUUUUUUUAAUUGACGACUAUAAGGAUAAUGUAAUGCUAAUAAUUUGUUUGUUGCGAUUCUUUUGUUUAACUUGGACGUUAUUAACUAUGAAAUAAAAUCAGCAAGUAAAUUAUGAA